AUGGCAAGAUCAUCAGGCAACGUCCAUGUCCUCCUGGCCAUGCUGAUCGUCCCGCUGUGCGCAGCCACAGCAUGGACGGCAGCAGCAGCCGCAGCCGCAGCAGGGCCGUUGUUGCCUCUGCCUGAUUUGCAGACGACGACGACGACGAUGAACGAGAACGACACGACGACGGGGAGCUUGUCCGCGGACUUCCACGCGCUGUCGUGCCCGGACCUGCAUGGCAUUGUGCGCUCCGCCGUGCAGGCCGCGCGCGGGCAGGACGUGCAGGUCACCGCGGGCCUCCUGCGCAUCUUCUUCCACGACUGCUUCCCGCAGGGGUGCGACGCGUCGCUGCUGGUGGACAAGACCGACCCCGGCAGCGAGCAGAACGUGGAGCCGCAGAACAAGGGCCUGAACCAGAGGGCGCUGCAGCUCAUCGAGAGCAUCCGAGACACGGUGCACAAGAGCCCCGGAGGUGUGAAAGCCCGCCGCAACUGCUUGAAGCGCGACGCCGGCGUCAACCUCCAGACCACCGUUGCAGCUGCUGGCUCAGGCGACGACGAGGGCCUUGCGGCCUCUGCUUGA